UGGAGCAUCAAAAAUACGAGCAUGAAAACAAAUCGCUGGUUAUAGGUGUCUACUGUUAAUGUGUGUUUGUACCAACUGAAGAUUGUUUCGGCGCAUUAUAUCACAACAAAAGUGAUAUUUUUAUAGAGGAAGAUGGCAGGGCGCUUAUCCCCUAUGCCUACGGUGGCAGAUAUUAUCAAACUUUACCGCAUCAGUGCAAAAAAACACCUGUCUCAAAACUUCUUGUUUGAUAUGAAUAUCAAUCGGAAAAUUGUGAAAGCUGCAGGACGCAUCACUAAUGGAUAUGUAUGUGAGGUGGGGCCAGGCCCAGGUGGUAUCACCAGAGCAAUACUGGAUAAGGAGGUGGAACACUUAGUCGUCAUAGAGAAGGAUAGCAGGUUCAUACCCAGCUUACAGACUUUAUCCCAAGAGUCCGACAACAAGCUGCGGGUGAUCCUCGGAGAUGUGUUACACUUUGAUAUGAGUCGCCUGUUUCCAGAGGAACUGAUCACUCCGUGGAAUGGAGAUCCCCCAAAUAUUCACAUCAUUGGAAACCUUCCUUUUAAUGUGGCCACUCCACUCAUUAUUAGGUACCUAGAGUCUAUAUCUAAACAGAGCAGUGUGUGGCGUUAUGGACGCGUCAGGAUGACUUUGACAUUUCAAAAGGAAGUUGCUGACAGAAUAGUGUCCCCUAUUCUUAAAGAUGAGCGAUGUCGUCUUUCUGCCAUGUGUCAAAACUGGUGCCAUGUUACCAACAAGUUUACUAUUCCAGGUGCAGCUUUUGUUCCAAAGCCUAAGGUAGAUGUGGGUGUGGUCCACUUCCUGCCACGAAUUAAACCCAUGAUUCAACUUCCCUUUCCCCUAGUUGAGAAAGUCUGUAAACAUGUUUUUCACCACAGGAACAAAAAAUUAUCAUUUGGACUGAAGACUUUGUACCCACCAGACUUAAGUCACAUGACUGAGGAGACCCUGAGUAUCACUGAGAUCCCUGCAGAUACAAGGUCCUACAUGUUGACAUUGAGUGAGCUGGGACGUCUGUGUCACGUGUAUAGUGAAAUUUGUGAUAGACAUCCUCAUGUAUACUCCUACGACUAUCGCAGUGAGGAAGGACAAAGACUUCUCCGUGAGGACAGAUUGAAACGCAAACAGGAGAGAGACAGACUACUGGAGAAGGAGAGGCUUGAGAAAGAGAAUCACACAGAGUCUGUAAUAACAAACAAUGAAAAAUCAGAUUUCACGUGACAAUGGUGUCAAUAAAAUAAAUCUGUGGAGGUGUGAUACCAAUUGAUUAUAAAGUUUUUAAUAUCAUGAGAA